AUGAGGUUGGCAGUAUUUUUCUUUCUGGCUACCAUUCUGGCAACUUGCAAUGCAGAUUGCCAUAUUUUUCAAGAGGGUCAAAUAUAUCUUCUCCGGCCACGUUCUGGUGCCGCUGGCCACCGGCUUGAGGGUGUUGACUGCCUCAGCUGGCGUUUGGCGGUCGAAACCAACAACCUUCAAAAUUGGGGAUCUUUGCCAGAGUCCUGUGAAGAGUAUAUAGGUCACUACAUGCUAGGCAAGCAAUACCGACAUGACUGCGAAUUGGUGGCAGAUGUCGAGAUUAAAUAUGCCAAGAGCCUUAAACUUGCUGGCGAUGGCAAGGACAUUUGGAUCUUUGACAUCGACGAAACUACGCUUUCUAAUAUGCCAUACUAUGCUCGAUCUGAUGUACUAUUUGGGGCAUUACCAUACAACGACACAAAGUUCAACGAGUGGGUUGCAGAGGGAAAAGCACCGGCAGUUCCAGGAGCGCUUCGUCUAUAUAGAACAUUGUUAAGUCUCGGGUUCAAAAUUGUCUUCUUAUCAGGAACCAAAGAACAAUUCAGAGAGGUCAGGAUAGCAAAUCUGAAGGCAGUUGGUUACCAUACUUGGGAGAAGCUCAUUCUCAAGGAAGAUGCUGAUAAGGGCCUCACAGCAUUGGCUUAUAAAUCUAAAAGGAGGACAGAGCUAGUAAAUGCAGGAUACAGAAUUCUUGGAAAUUCUGGAGACCAAUGGAGUGAUAUUCUUGGCAACAAUACUGGCAGCCGAACGUUCAAAAUCCCCGAUCCCAUGGCAAUACCAUACAACUCCACAAAGUUUAACGAGUGGGUUGCAGAGGCAAAAGCACCGGCAGUUCCAGGAGCGCUUCGUCUAUAUAGAACAUUGUUAAGUCUCGGGUUCAAAAUUGUCUUCUUAUCAGGAACCAAAGAACAAUUCAGAGAGGUCAGGAUAGCAAAUCUGAAGGCAGUUGGUUACCAUACUUGGGAGAAGCUCAUUCUCAAGGAAGAUGCUGAUAAGGGCCUCACAGCAUUGGCUUAUAAAUCUAAAAGGAGGACAGAGCUAGUAAAUGCAGGAUACAGAAUUCUUGGAAAUUCUGGAGACCAAUGGAGUGAUAUUCUUGGCAACAAUACUGGCAGUCGAACGUUCAAAAUCCCCGAUCCCAUGUAUUACAUUGGUUGA